AUGUCAACCCCCACAACCACAACCACAACCACAACCACCCCAAACCCCCAUCCCUCCCCACGGUCCAGAACCCUCCACCGCCUCCACACCCACCCAACCCUGCCCCCGCACCGCCGCCGCAUCUACCAGACCCUCCUCACCGUCCCCGCUGGCCGGUGGACGACCUACGCCGCCCUGGCGCGGCACCUGGGCACGAGCCCGCGGGCCAUCGGCGCGGCGAUGCGGCUGAACCCCUUCGCGCCGGAGGUGCCCUGCCACCGCGUGCUGGGCGGUGGCGGGCGGUUGCUGGUCGGGUACUCCGGGGCCCCUGGGGCGGGGGCGCCGGGCAAGGCGAAGGAGGGCGUGGGGAUGAAGCGCCGGUUGCUGGAGGCGGAGGGGGUGCGGUUUGAUGGGGAGGGGGUGGCGCGCGGGGUUUGUUUUGUGGAGUUUCCUGAGGUAGUCUCAUCAUCUUCUUCAUUGAAAUGA